AUGCUCACCAUUGCUCUCUACCUCUAUUCCUUACUCCACCUCCUCUCCUCCACCGCAGUCACAACACCGCCUUACACACCCACCGAUUACUUCCUCCUCAACUGCGGCUCAUCCUCCAAUGCCACGUCACAAGGCGGCCGGAGCUGGGACGGUGAUGCCACCUCAAAAUUCUCACUGUCCAACAUCGGCACCACCUCAUCACCAUCCACGGCCACCCAACAAGACUCUUCUGUCACCGAUAUCCCUUUUCUCACCGCCCGCAUCUUCACCUCCAAAUUCACCUACACUUUCCCCGUCUCCUUCGGCCCCAAAUUCAUCCGCCUGUACUUCUACCCAGCUACCUACUCAAAUCUCGACAGAUCAAAAUCUUACUUCUCCGUCACCACCGCAAACUACACCCCCCUAACCAACUUUAGUGCCUUCCUCACCGUCCCUGCUUUGGUUCCCAAACAAUCCUUUCUCAUCAAGGAGUUCAUUGUCAAUGUCAGAGACACCCAAAAGCUCGACAUAACAUUCAACCCAUCUCCCAACUUAUACGCCUUUAUCAACGACAUUGAAGUCGUUUCGAUUCCCAACAAUUUCUACAUGAAAGGCGAUCUCAAUCCUAUCCCUCUUGUUGGCUCUCAACAACCUUUCUAUAUCGAUAACAACACUGCUCUUGAAACUCUGUACCGGUUAAACGUCGGUGGCAACGACGUGUCUGUGAAUGACGAUACUAGCAUGUACCGGAGGUGGCAUCAAGAUGACCUGUACAUAUACGGCGGCGUUGGUUUGGCGCCUCACCAUGACGUCCCAAUUUGGUACACUAACGACGCACCGAAUUACACUGCUCCGGCGACUGUGUACACUACGGCUCGGACCAUGGGAAAUGACCCACAACUAAACUUGCAGUACAAUUUAACUUGGAUCUUCACCGUUGAUUCUGGGUUCCGGUACCUGGCUAGGCUUCAUUUUUGCGAGUUUCAACUGGAGGUAACCAGAGAAAAUGAGAGGGUAUUUUUUGUGUAUAUGAAAAAUCAGACGGCUAAUCCAGAGGUUGAUGUUAUACACUUGAGCAGGGGUAACAUAAUUCCUGUUUUCAAAGACUAUGUUCUUUUGGUCCCACCCGUCGAUGGCCUUCGGAGUAAGGUGGAUUUGUGGUUCGCGAUGAACCCGAAUAUGGACUCCGAGCCCUGGUCCGCUGAGCUGAUGCAAUCUUGA